AGUAAGCAUGCGUGUUUACGUCCUCCUUUAACUAAUCGAUUCUGUCUGCCAUGUGACCGCAUAACCCGCUCACAUGAGCGCCGAGUUGCAUGAUCCGCUUUAAGUUUUUUAAAGCCCGCUGAUACAGCUCGCAGCUGAGACAGGAGUUGCCAUGGCGAGUGGCGGCGAGCAGAAAGUGGUGCUGAUCACCGGCUGCUCCUCCGGGAUCGGACUGCGGAUCGCCGUGCUGCUGGCCAGAGACGAACAGAAGCGUUACCAUGUUAUUGCCACUAUGAGAGACCUGAGAAAGAAGGACCGGCUGGUGGAAGCGGCGGGUGACACGUAUGGAAAGACCUUGACACUGCUGUCUUUGGAUGUGUGCAGCGAUGAGUCAGUCAGGCAAUGUAUUGACAGUGUCAAGGACCGCCACAUCGACAUUCUCAUUAAUAAUGCAGGCGUGGGUUUGCUGGGCCCUGUGGAGAGCAUCAGCAUGGAUGAGAUGAAGAGAGUGUUUGAGACCAACUUCUUCGGAACUGUGCGCAUGAUAAAAGAGGUCAUGCCAGACAUGAAGAAGAGGCGAUCCGGCCACAUUAUCGUCAUGAGCAGCGUAAUGGGCCUGCAGGGUGUGGUAUUCAAUGAUGUCUACACGGCCUCUAAGUUCGCCAUAGAGGGCUUCUGUGAGAGUAUGGCUGUGCAGCUGCUGAAGUUUAAUGUGAAACUAUCUCUGAUUGAGCCAGGCCCAGUGCAUACAGAGGUUGAAACAAAGAUGAUGGAAGAGGGGGCCAAGAUGGAAUAUCCUGGAGCAGAUGCAGACACAGUCAGAUACUUCAAGGAUGUGUACAUACCAUCAUCCAUUGAUAUCUUUGAGGCAUUGGGACAAACCCCUGAGGACAUUGCUAAAUGUACCAAGAAAGUGAUUGAAUCCAGCCGACCCCGAUUCCGGAAUCUGACCAACAGCCUCUAUACGCCCAUUGUGGCCAUGAAAUACGCAGACGAGACCGGAGGACUCUCAGUGCACACUUUCUACAACCUGCUCUUUAACUUCGGCUCUCUAAUGCACAUCACCAUGAGCAUCCUCAAAUGCCUGACAUGCAGCUGCCUGCGCAGACGCACCAUUUCUCCUGACUGAAGAGGGCAGCAGUGAGACACACACACUCCCAAUUCCCUCAGUUUACAGCAGAACAGGACACAGCUCAAUGCAACAAACUGGAGAAUACAAUACCUCGAAGAAAUAAUCCACAUUAAAACACACAUGAAUAAUUUGGAUUUUUUGUGAACAACACAUAAUGUUUUACUAUAAUGCCAACACCUCUAUUCACCUAAUCAAGUGAGUUACUGUUAAAGCAGACAUUGUCUUUAAAGGAGUAAGUUAGUUUAAGUUAUUACCGUCAUUGUGAAUUUUGAAGCAUUUUGCGUUUACAAAAAAGAAAAACUGGUACGUCAAAAAAAAUCAAACCGUACACCAUAGCAGACCAUUCCAAAAACUAAUUGUGACGCUUAUGAUGGUCAUGAUUCAACUGAAAAAGAAUCACAUAGCUGCCUUUAUUUGUACUAAUGAUUUACAAGUAAAUGUCUGUUUAACUCUUUCCCCACCACUGACGGAAUUUUCCAGUAGGAGGCACUAUUACACAUCUUCUGAAAGAGUACUGAAAGUCUGGAUCAAAAUAUGGCUGGCAGAGACUAGUUUGGGAGUAGACAAGUCUGAAGCUCUUAGGGUAGAGGACUGACGCAUUGCUGUUGCCACGAGUUUUUUUGAGGACUGACUACCGAAGAGUCAAAAUAUAACAAACUUGGGAAGACUGAGGACGUUGAAGUUAAGGUAUUGUAAAUAUAGUACAUUUAGGUACUGCGAGGAACUUGGACUGGGAUUAUCGACCGAUGGCCUCUAUAGGUCUGGAACGAUACUCAGACAGUAAGAGUAAUAGUAUGGUUUGCAAUGAGGAAUAUGAGAGAAGAAUAAAUGAGUGGGAAAUCGUGGGAAAGAGAAAGAAUGGAAAAAGCCCGCAAAGGAAGAAAAAAAGAAACACCCAGCAUCGGAAAGUGAAGGAAGAGAAGAGAAAGAGAAAAUAACGUAAGAGGGUCAAAUGAAUGUAGUUGUUAGGCCGGAUUAAAUUAACAAAAAUCAUUAAAGGAUAGAUUGGAGAAGUGAAAUAUGCAAGGAUUCUAGGAGAUGGGCACUUGCUAAUUUGAAUGCAAUAAUAAAGUCCAAAUGGAAAAGGCUAGAAAACUGGCAAAUGUUGGAAAAGUUGAAGUCCUUAAGGUGGCUAGAGUUGGGGAAAAAAAAUCUGUGGAUGCAAGGGGGUGAUCUAUGGUGUUCCCAUUAAUGUUAAUGUAAGGGAACUAGUGGAAAACUUAAAAGUGAGAAAUGGCACAGUGAAAAGUAAGAAUAAUGACGAAAGGAGUAGAGAAAAGGAAACAGAAUCUGUACUAAUUGAAUUUGAGGGAAAAGCUCUGUUUUUAAAGGCCUAUUAAAAUGUUCAUUGUAAAAUGAAUAUUUGUUGUGCUUAUUUAUUUGAUUCUCAGUUAAAACAACAAUAUACAACAUUACUGUAAAUAAUACAAGCAAUACAACAUCUUUGGUAUUCUUUUAUCUGGGAAAAAAAGGUUAAUAGUGACAGUCAACAGAGAGCUUACAUAUCACUUAUAUAAAGCUUAAAUGAUCGGGAUCGGUAUCGGCCGAACAUGAUGACAAGAAAUCAGUAGUCCGUAUUGGCUGCAAAAAUCCUGGUCGGAGCACAGUGUAGCUUUCUGGGGAUGUGAAGUACUUAAAAAAGAGGUGGAGAUGCAGCAAAUAAGGCUAAACAAAAAGGUAUCAUAUGCUGAAGCAGUUCAUUUGGCUGGACAGGAAAAACAUAAUAAGAAGGGAAGAGGUA